UUUCGAAAUAAAAUACUCACUUCAAAUGCAGAAUUGAUUAAGUAAAUACCGUCGUCCAUUAAACUGACCAAGCAAAAUGAUCCUGGACAUCCCAAAUCUAUCCGCUACCACGUACAGCUUACUGGCAAUCUUACUUUCGAUAUGCGUUUACAUACUUUGGUUCUACAAGGAUGCAUACAGCUAUUGGAAGAAAAGGGGUCUCGAAUAUGUUGAACCGAUGAUACCAUUCGGAAACACAUUCAGCCUCUUCAUAAAGAAAACCAGCAUGGGUAUGAUGUUUGCCAAGUCGUAUUUGCACUUUAAAGAGAAAGGUCUUAAACACGGCGGCUUUUACUUCUUCUGGAAGCCCAUCUACGUACCGGUUGAUCCAGAAAUUAUCAAACGCGUGCUGAUAAGCGACUUCGAGAACUUUCCCAAUCACGGUUUCCACAUAAGCGAAAGCGAACCCAUGUCGGGACACAUCAUGAACAUGGAAAACGCAAAAUGGAGGUCGCUUAGAGCGAAAUAUCCUGCGGCAUUUACAUCAGCAAAAAUGAGGAAGAUGUUUGUGAUAAUGGAGAAAAUGACCAAGCAACUGAUUGAAAACUUGGAACCACAUGCUGUUAGUGGAAAAUCCUUAGAUAUCAAGAACGAACUUAGUCGAUUUACCACCGAUGUAAUUUCAUCUUGUGCUUUUGGUCUCGAUACUAAAACCAUGAAACGCGAAAAUGAGGAGCUACUUAAACGGGGAAGACAUUUCUUUGACGACCAAUGGAACGUUUACACCAACACCCUAGUGUUCACUAUACCCCGUUAUAUUUUGAAGAAAUUCAAUUUCAGGUUGAUGCCGAAAGAAUUCGAAACCUACUUCCAGGACAUGUUUAGGGAGGUUUUGAAUUACAGAAAGGGAAAACAACUCAACAGAGGAGAUAUAGCUGAUGUUCUCGUGAGACUAACUGAGAAACGUGAAGACGAGCACGAUUUCACUGGAAAGAAACCUAUGGAUCCCUUGAACUUCGAGGAAUUCGCCGCACAAGCUGUCAUCUUCUUCUCUGCCGGUUUCGAGACUUCUUCCAGCACGCAAACUUUUGCGUUGUAUGAGCUUUCGAAGAACCCUGAAUGCCAAGAAAAGCUAAGAGAUGAAAUUAACGAAGUUUUGGCUAAGUACGACAACAAGAUUACUUACGAUGCCGUCAUGGAUAUGAAGUAUUUGGACAAAGUCAUAGAUGAAACUUUGAGGUUAUAUCCAGUAUUCCCAAUUUUACCUCGCGUAGCCUUAAACGAUUACAAAGUACCCGGUACCGACUUCACCAUCGAAAAGAAUACUCUAGUUCUAGUAUCCAACAUGGGCAUUCAACGUGACCCUGAAUAUUAUCCGAACCCUGACCAAUUUGAUCCUGAACGGUUUUCGGUGGAAAACAAAUCCAACAGGCCUUUCGUGGCACACAUACCGUUUGGAGAAGGACCUAGGAUAUGUGUCGGCAAACGUUUUGGGUUGUUGCAAACCAAGGCGGGACUUAUAAGUAUGCUGAAAAGAUACAGGGUAUCGUUGAGUGAGAAGACCACACCAUCAUUUAAAUUCGUCCCACAUGAAUUAAUGUUGAGAAAAACUGGAGAUAUAUGGAUUGAUCUGAAGAAAAUAUCAACGUGAUUGUAGUUUUUAUAAGGCAACGUUGUGACAUUUAAAUUUCCUCAACGACUAUUAUAUGCUGUGAAGGAAUUUUCCUAUAAAUUUGGUGUUUUUUUUUUUGAUAAUUCAAGUGUAUAUUUGUUUGACAAUUGAACAUGUACAUAUGUACAGUUCUGAUAUUGUGAUCCAAAAAUAAAAGACAAAUAUCUUGUA